GGGUGCCGAAGCCAAGGCAUCUCCGUCACUGCUCAGAGUCGAGCAUCCCUAACGGGCAACGCCACCCUGGACCGGGCUUCCCGGGCGGGCUGCGGGACGGCGCAGACGCACUCGUUCCGCCUUCCCACCAAUCUCGACCCUCGACGCGUUCCGUUCGUGCGUGGAGGAGCCGGGCGGGAGGAGAGGCCGCUCCGUGGGCAGGGGCUGCGGCGCGCCCAGCGGCUGGACCCAGCGACGGCGCGGAUGGCGGACUCGCAGCCGUUCUGCGUGGCGGAGGAGCGCAGCGGCCACUGCGCCGUGGUGGACGGAAACUUCCUCUACGUGUGGGGGGGCUACGUGUCUAUUGAAGACAAUGAAGUAUAUUUGCCUAAUGAUGAAAUUUGGACCUAUGAUAUUGAUAGUGGGUUGUGGACCAUGCACCUCAUGGAAGGAGAACUCCCUACCUCCAUGUCAGGAAGUUGUGGUGCUUGCAUUAAUGGAAAGCUGUACGUUUUUGGAGGAUAUGAUGACAAAGGAUACAGCAAUCGACUUUAUUUUGUUAAUUUGCGAACAAGAGAUGGAACCUACGUUUGGGAAAAAAUCACCAGUUUUGAAGGACAACCACCCACACCACGUGAUAAACUCUCUUGCUGGGUAUAUAAAGACAGAUUAAUAUAUUUUGGUGGCUAUGGGUGUAGGAGACACAAUGAACUCCAAGACUGUUUUGAUGUUCAUGAUGCAUCUUGGGAAGAACAGAUCUUCUGGGGAUGGCAUAAUGAUGUUCAUGUAUUUGAUACAAAGACACAGAAUUGGUUUCAACCAGAAAUUAAAGAUGGAGUUCCUCCACAGCCGCGAGCCGCGCACACAUGUGCAGUUCUUGGAAAUAAGGGCUAUAUUUUUGGCGGACGUGUUUUGCAAACUAGGAUGAAUGAUUUGCACUAUCUGAACUUAGAUACCUGGACUUGGUCUGGAAGGAUUCCUGUUAAUGGAGAAAACCCCAAACAUCGGUCAUGGCAUACUUUAACACCAAUAGCUGAUGAUAAACUUUUUCUAUUUGGUGGACUAAGUGCAGACAAUAUUCCAUUAAGUGAUGGUUGGAUUUAUAAUGUCAUAACAAAUGGUUGGAAACAACUUACACACUUACCUAAAACAAGACCCAGGUUAUGGCAUACAGCCUGUUUGGGGAAAGAAAAUGAAAUAAUGGUAUUUGGUGGGAGCAAAGAUGAUUUACUUUCCUUGGAUACAGGCCACUGUAAUGAUUUAUUGAUCUUUCAAACACAGCCUUAUUCACUACUCAGGUCAUGCCUUGACUGUAUUGGCAAAAAUGCCAUAAUUUUAGAAAGUCAGAUAUCUUUAUUACCUCCUAAACUUCUGCAACAAGUACUGAAAAAAAUAACAUUUUGGACUGCAGCUAAUCACCGAGAAGAACAAAGAGCCCAAAAAGAAGAAACAGAAAAUAAGUAUCAGUGGAUCACUAGCAAUUAAAUUGUUAUAUACUCUGUAUAUUUAAUAUGUGUAAACAUUUUAAUCAGACUGUGUAUUCCCCCUCCCCAAAUUGGAGGCUUUAUUUAGAAGAUAACAUUGGAAACAAAAAUGCUAUGUUACAGUGAUUGUAUGUCAUGGAAUAUAUGGGAAUAAGAUGUUAACAGAAGAUUAAUUUAUAUUUGUAAACUAAUUUCCUAGUAAGCUGCAGGAAGAAAUAUACUUUCUGAAAGUAAGUACAAUUGUAAGAUAUUUUUAACUCACUGUACACUCUUUACUGGGAAGUUUAUAUGAAUUUCAGGAGACUGAGAGAUUAACCCAAGGACUGUAGAAAUCCCCCAACAUCAUAAUAGAUAGAUAAAAACACUAUACAUCAACUUUCGGAAAGAAUGGAUUUUCUCAGGCCACUUUGAAAUUAUCUACAGCUUCUCAUUAAAUAACCCAGUUAUUUAAAAACUUCUCCUUGAAUAAUUGAUCCAGCUGGGCAAAAUGAUAAAAUGGGCAAACACUGGUAUGUGUUUAGUACUGGCCUCCUGCCCUUCAGUGCUUACCUAGCAAAGUCUCUCAUUAAGCCUCAUCAUAACUUUCCUCACCUUUAUUUGAGUAGCGGAAUAAAUGUCUUCAAUUGUCUUUCCAUUACCCCUAAGUUGUUAGUUUGUCCAAAUUUAUAAAGACCAUGUUUUAAAGUGUCUAAAGUGGAGGUUUACUUAACCAUACAGACUUUGAAAUAUUGAGAAGCAGUAGAUGUAUUAACUUUUCAGACACGUUAAAAUAUAUUUUUGCCUUGGAAGAAUGCUCCUAAAGUAGUUUUUGUAAGUAAUGAAAUGGGAUGGUAACCUAGUAAUUUACCUGUAUAGAAACCCUGUUCUUCGGCCCACACCACUCUACAGAGCUGGUCCUCAAGACCCACGAUAUUGGAAGUAUGUUCUCUUCCCACUGAUUGUCAGUAUUAACUGCCCUACAGAAACGGCACACUGUAUUUAUCUUUAUAUUCCUUCAACUGGUACUUUUGCCAUAAUUAAAAAAUUACUCAUAUUAUCAGUUAUACACUUCCAUUGAAUUACUAAUAACAGUGAUUUAUUAAAAAGCUCAGUAUAUGAAAUUAUUCUCCAUAAUAUCACCAUUCAAGCUAUCUCUAAAAUUUAAAAUGUUAGAGAGAAUAUAUUUCUAUAUUGAAAUAGACAUGUAAUUUAUAAUAAUUAUAGUAGCUCAUUGAAUUUUACAGAUAUAUUUUAUAUAUAUACAUAUACUGUAUUUUAGAUGUGUAAAGCUUCUAUUUAUGUAUUGAAAUACUUUGUGCUUACAUUUUAUUAUACGAACUAUAUAGAUUUACUAUUUUCUUAGUUUUGUUAGUGUGAACCAGUCAUUAGAGUUGAUUGUGCAAACAAUAUUUCAGUGUAAGUUUUCUUUUCUUUCUUUCUUUUUUUUUUUUUUACUAUUUUUAGGCUGAAUAACAGAUUUAGAAAAUGAAUCUCACAGGUAAUGUACAUCGUAGAAGUAAUUAUUACAUGAACUUCUGUUAUCAGCAUUUUUAAGGGGAAAAAUAUCAAAACCUUUUGGAUAGUGAUAGAUGACAGUGAAUGGAAUGAACAUCUUUUAAAAUGUGGAUCCUGUGAAUUUAAAUUCUAGAUUAUGCAGAUGCCUUCUGUAGCCUCUUAGAAAAGCACUUCUGGUUUGAAAUGGUUUACUUAGAAUGUUAAAAGUUGGAUUAGCCCCCUCAAAAUACAUGAUCAUUUAGGCUUCAACAGAAAUCUAUUAACUGUGGCACACAAAACUUUUGACUUAAUAUACUGUGCUGCUUCAAGAACUUGUAGGUCCUGACGUAGGAGCCCCAUUGUAGGAGGGGCAGGAAAUUCUGAUCUUUACCUUCAAGCUCCAAAAGUUGGCUUAAACCAGACUUGGCUUCUCUGCUGGUAGUAGAGAUUGUGGGAGCCUGCAAAGUCCGUUUUAGCAGUAUUAAUUCCUCACUUCUCACCAGCUAGCUGAUGGUUUACUAUCCACUUUUGUGCUGCUGAGCUCAGCGUGGAGGAGCCCAAGACAGCCACACCUUGUAACUUCUGCUCUGAGCUCCCCUCACAGGCUCCCUGUUUGAAAAACGACUCUACAGGGGUUGAUAGUCUUUUUUCCAGAUGGUUCACAGAAUAGGUUUCCAAUCUGGUUCUCAAGGAAGAUUUCCGGCCAUAUAUAUUACGGAUAUUCUCAGGAUAUUCUUCCCAUUGUCAGGAAGAAUUCUUUUGUGUAUUAUCAUCUUUAGUAUGAUAUACUCAAUAACACAUACAUUUUUUUCCAAAUAGUAUCUUUGCACACACACCUUUAAAAUGAUUAGCCUUUGAAUAGAAGCGUAAAAGUAUUCUUUAGAACUUCGUGCCUUCUGUCUAGGCACAAGGUAAUGCUUUAUUUAUAUUGUAUGUGUGUGUGAGAGAGAAAUAAUACAAACCUAAGAAGAAUAAUUUUCAGGAUAGUAUAUACUAUCUGACAAGUUAAAAUUUGUUGACAUCAGAGCAUUUCAAAAGAAAAGAAGCAAUUUUAAAAAACAUAUAAUGCUCCCUGCCCACCUUGUGUGUGUGUGUCUGUGUGUUUGUGCGCCCAGAUUAAUGUGAUUAUAUUGGAAUUUCCAGUUUGAUGAGGUUAUCACACAGUCCAGCACGUGGAACAGCAAGAACACUAUCACCCUGUUACAGACUGAAUGUUUGUGUUCCCCCCAAAUUCAUAUAUUGAAACUCUGAUCCUCAAUCAAAGUAGUAGUAUUUGGAGGUGGGGUUUUCGGGAGGUGAUUAGGUUUGUGAGGUCAUGAGGUGAUGAGCCCAUGAUGGGAUUAUUGUCCUAAGAAGAGGCAGAGACCAGAGCUCACUCGCUGGCUCCUGCCAGGUGAGGAUGCAAUGGGAAGGCAGCCAUCGGAAAGCCAGCCCCCACCCAGAAUCAAAUAUACUAGCACCUUGAUCUUGGACUUCCUAGUCUCUAGAACUGGGAGAAAUAAAUGUCUGUUGUUCAAACCAUCCAGUCUGUGGUAUUUUGUUAUACCAGCCAAGCUAAGACGCACCCGAAGUCCAAAGUAUACAUUAGGGUUCACUCUUGGUGGUAUAUAUUCAAUGGGUUUAAACAGAUGUGUAACAACAUGUAUCUAC